AUGAUCGAGGAGGCUUCCCGCGAAUCGACCCCUAUGAUUGCGACCGGGGCCAAUGCCGAUGUUUCUGCCGAUCACCUUCACAACUACCUUACCGAAGACAUCACUUACGAGAAGUUCGACAGUUCUGACAUUCUUGAAGAGUAUGUGCACCAGAACACCGAAUACCGCUUUGAUGAGGGUGCUUCCAAUGUCGGCCCCUUGGGCCUCGGGCAUGGGGACCUAAUACAGAACAACGCAGACACGGUUCUGUACGGUAACUGGGAACAGGACAACAACCUAGAAGAUUUCGACCGCUGUUCCAGUUCAAGCACUCAGAAUGCUAGCUUGAAGAUGGGUAGCUCAACUAGAGCGAAGGAUUGGUCGAUGUUCCAGAGCAAUCUGGUCGACUAUGGCCCGGAUGACCCCAGCCCGCGACUUCCAGGCUGCUCUGCCGGCCACCCCUACAAUAAGACGUGGAAACUGACGGAUUCAAUGAUGAUGGCUUACAAUGCCAUGCGAGGCCCUCCGUUGCUCCCGGGAAACGAUCCACUGCGCAAUUGGAUGGCCAUCAAAGCGACCGAGUCCAUGAACGAGUCCACGAUGGGGUCCACAAUGGCCGAGUCGUUUCAGACAUCUCGAGAGACGGCAAGCCUGGGCACAAGGUCUGUGACGCAGACAUCGCCGUCAAAGGAUACAACUCAGACAUCUGGACUGAGUUCUGGGGAGAAACGAGAGAUGGAGGAUUAUGCCAAGAUGCUGAAGGAGGCCAACAUGGCUACAAAAGAGUAUGCGCCUCCUGAGACGGAUCGCAACCCAGCCUACGAAGUGCCCCGUCCCAGAUAUCUUCACGUCUCGCCCAGGUUCAACAGCUUCAAGUUUGAAGACUACAUGCAUCCCGAGGUUUCUAUGCCUGGGUCGGCUUACAAGCAGCCAUACGAUACUAAUCGUGACUUCGCUGAGGAGUAUGACAUCUCGGAUGACGAGGGUGACCCCGAAUCGGGACGCGUUUCGCCGUGCACAUUCCGUCUCCUAUCUGAAGGCUGCUCUCGACGAGACCCUCAGACAAACCAAGUCUUCAUGGCGGAGGAUGCUCAACGCAUGCGCCCCGAGACGCCUCUUGAGGAUAAUGACAGACAUCUCGUUGUCGACCGACUUACUCUCUCCUUUGAGCUCCAGAGAGACAUCAACGAUGGGGGCGUUACCCUCAAGCACAAGAUGCGCAACUGGUGGUUUGGCCUCUUUGACCGUAUGGACCCGAUUGCUGCGCGCCGCUUCCGCAAAGUCCAGUUCCGCGAGGCCAACGACCCCGUAACGCCCCUCGAGACGAUCUCAGCACGCUCGGUCGUCUCCUCAAGCACCUCCAGCGAUGACGGUAUCGGCAACUACAGGAAGUCCUACACCGACGCUGAGGUCCUCGAAGCGCUGCACUCACCCGCCAGUCGCCGCGUUGCCGGCGUCGCACCCCAGAACGCCCAGCUCAUCAUCUCGCAGCGCUGGCAGACGGUCACCCGAUGGAAGAACCAAGAUGCAGAGAUGACGCGUGAGAACGACAACAUGCGCGGCGCCAUUGAGCGAGCCAAGAUGGAGCUGCGAGAGAUCCGGCUGGCGGUCGACCAUAUCGUGCAGAAGAAGGCCGCGGAGGACAUGGCGAUGCGGCAGCGCAAUCACAGGCGGAUCCUUCGCCAGGUUUCGGCACACCUGCACGAGUUGCGAUACGAGAUCCAGAGCAAGUUCGACGCUCUCAAGCAUGCGCAGACCCAGAACCAGAGCAUGAAGGCUGAGCUGGCGCUGCUUGAGUGGCAGAUCAAGAAUGAGUGCGCGAGGGCUGAAAUGGCGAGCCCCGAUGAGGUCCGCAAGGCGGUCUCGGAGCACUUUCGGGAUAAGAUGAUCGCCCUUGAGCUUGCAGACUGCUUCUGA